AUGGCUCGCUUAAACGAAUCGACAACCUCGACAGAAUCUGUUGAAGUCUUAAAACGACGAUUUGUGCGACAGAAUCGUGAAAUUGCCCGUGUUAAUUCAAUACAGUCUCUUCGAAUCCGUAGCCUUGAGUCAGAAGUUUCGCAUCUCCUUGCAGAAAACGUGUCCCUUAGGGAGCGAGUUAUAACUCUUGGCCAAGAGAUAGAGAGAUUCGAGGCAGCUAGAUUGUUCCAGGACGGAGUCUACAACCUCAAGGCGAAGCUCGACAAUAAGUUGAUGGAGCUUGGGGACUUGGUAGCUGACUUGGGCGCUUUACCACGCGAAUUCAACAAAUCAGUCGGUGGGGCAGCGGAAACUAUAUACCAGAGCCGGUCAAGCUUAGAGUUGAGACAACACACGACAGAGCUCGGCGUUAAAUCGACACUACAGGAAGACGGUAGACUUCCAGUUAUAUUGGAAGACAAAUGUUAUCCACGACGGACUUUAGAACCACAGGAGAUACAAGAAUUGCUGAACAACGAUAUGGUCUUCCCGCAGUCUUCUUGUCUCGAAGAAGCUUCAAUAUCCCAAGGGGGUGCAAUAUUUGACGAUCCAUACUCGAAGCCAUCUGAAGACGUGGGAGAUAUUCAACAGCUUCAAAGCCCGCCAGGCGCUAGUGAGGCGCUACUUCCUCCAAAUCUUGAAACAAGAAGAAAGAGAAAGGCCGGCACCAACGAGACACCCGAAACUGUCUAUGAUACUGAUCCUGAGGAGUUUCCCACACAGAGAGAUUCUGGAUUCCUGCUGGAAUCAGGUGCUAAACGUAAAUUCUCGAACGGUACCGAUGACGAACAUGAAGAAGUACCACGAGAAGAGGACGAUUUCCAAUUCAGCCGUCCCACUCACUCUCCACAGAUGACGCACGAACGACUACUAUUGGCACGCAGCGAUCAUUCUCCAGUUAAUAAGCAGGUUCUAUUGAAGGGAAACUCCAAAGGCAAUGGACGACCUAAGCGAAAAGCGCUUGAGCCGAAGAGUACAAAUAUAUGUUCAACUGAACCUCAGAAUGCUAUGACCCAUGGACAAAAUUACAAGAUCCCGGAAAGAAUGAAUGAUAAAAAUGACGGGAAUGAAACUAUGCAUUCAGCCCGGUCAAUGAAGGGCAUACACUAUGAAAGACUGACUUCUAAUGAGAUGCAAAAUCAUAAGGAUACUGAUAAGCCAAAGCAAGAGGUAGAUGAGGAUGAGGAGCUUCAAAUCCAACCUAAAACAACCGAAGAAAAGCCAAGCUCAUCUCUAGCAUCUAUUACAGUAUCCCGAGUACAAGAUGAAUUCGAGGCGUCAAAACCCUUAAACAAUACUUCGUCUCGACCUACCAGGCGCCAGCGAUCUGUCAUAAGCUACGCGGAACCGAACUUACGAGAUAAGAUGAGGCGACCUACAGACGAGUUUAUAGCAGCAGUUGGAAAUGAUCAUCAUUCAAGGAGAACCUCCAGUACCCAUUCCGUGCGAACGACAUCAGGCGAUGAAUUGGACGAGCAUAGAAGUGAUAAAAUCAACGCGAGGAACCCGCAUCAGUCUGACACGGAAGGCAGGGGCUCUACGACAGUUUCUACGGCUUCUCCCGACAAACAUAUUCAGCAACCAGUGAACAUGGUCUCUCGUAGACAACGGAAGACUUUACCGGCGAGCAAGGAAGAUAUGUCAGCUAGCCAUGAUUCUACAAGUGAAUUCGAAGCCUAUUCGACAGUCGGGGAUCAGGAACUUGGCGGGGGUUCGAAAGAUCGACAUCCGGCCGAAGUACGACUAGCACGUACUAAGAAGCAAAAAUUACUGUCUGCAGAGGGAUCUGGUGAUAUGGCAAUGGAUUUAUCCGAAUGUAUAUCUGGGGCAACACCAGACCCGAGCAGACAGUCCCGACGGCACUCCUCAAACCCCAAAUCGUUUGUACAGAAUUACUCUCCUGGGCAUGAAACGGGUGUUUCAAGUACAGAGGGAAAUACUACAGGCACCAGAGGCAGUUUAGGGAACCCAGAUGGUACAUCAUUUGGGAGUAUUAACCAACCAAAAGCAGUCAUGCAUACCUCAGAAGAGUCAGCCCUGGGGUUAGGAAUAGAGGUAAGGCAGGUCAGGCGCGUGCCACGGGCCGCUGCCAGGAGAAGAAGUAUGAUGUUGUGA